AUGAAGGCGAUUUUAUUAGGGAAACGUUUUGCGGAAACUGUAACACCACCAUACCCAAUUAAGUGUGAAGACAACAAAACCUUAACCCCAUCCUUGUCACAAUUUAAAAUCCCUCCAAGAUUUCAACUAAACGCUUGCAUUCGACAACAUAUUCCACAAACCCGAACAAUUCCUUUCCCUGUCUCCUUUAGAAAAGGACCAUUUUUCAAAAGUCAUCACUUUUUGACUCAUACUAUAUCGCUACAGUCAGAAUCUACCUACAAAAAAGUAGGAAUGACAACAAUUCCGAAAUAUUGUUCGGAUGAAAAUUAUGUUGAUAAAAUAUCGAUGAUUGGUGAAUUAGAUGAAAUACUUUAUAAUCAACGUUGGGAUUUCUUCCUGAAAAUGGCAAGAUUCUUUUACAGCAAGGUUGAGAACAUGCAAGGACAACAUGAAAUUUCUGUAUUGAGACAACCUACCUCCACGCUUAAUUGGGCCGCCCAACGUUUCUCAAAUAACAUCGCUUCCACUGGUCGCUCUACCAAACCUUGCAACGGCUGA